AUGCACGCCUCCCAUAAAGUGAACCACUUCUUAAAAUAUCUGGUUCUGACAUUUGCUUUCGUUGUGUUGUGUUCCCUUCAGCCGAAAAGGCCUUGUGGUGGCAGCGAUGUUGUUCGAUUGCGUGCCUAUCAACGAAACUAUGGAAAGCUUCAGCCGCUUCACCUCACUGUGCGUCCUGGACACGUUCUCACCUCUUGUCGACACUUCUGUACAGAUGAAGGCGUUUGUCGACCAAUCAAGUUCGAGCAAAGGCGCUUGCGAUUUCUGGAAAAGUUCUGUGGCGAACAGCGUGUUGCGCUGAGCGGCCCGGCUCUGCUGUUUCUCAAGCCUUCGCGCUUUACGCUGCAGUGUUCGAAAACCGCGAACUCUUUUGAGGUGCUAUCCCAGGGUCCUAUGUGGCUCGAUGUGCACCGCGUAAGGAUGAUGAGUGGAACGGAUAGUCCCACAGCGGUAAGCCAGCACACGCGAGCAUCUCCUGCUAACACGGGACCUUUCGAUACCAAUCGAUUUCGUCGGGAAAACGCGAGCUCAGAACUCCUAGUUCAUUAUGUCUCAGAUCCGCUAAGUGUGGGAGAGUCGCGAUAUUUCGUAUCUCACAUCGAGUUUCGGAUUUCGCAGCUACCAGAGGUGCACGACGCUAUGCGGAACGCAUCCGCUGGAAACCGUAACUCGGCUCAGGCGGUCUCUGUUAGAUUCGUGCCAACGGAUCCGAACAAGGAUCCGCGCCCUUACCUAGUCGACCCUGUCAUGAGUCGGCAAGUGGUGCACGCGUGGUCCUGCGGCAAUGAGGCAGCGAGCCGCAAGUUGCAAGCCUGCGCGCAUUACAUACCACAACGGCGCUCCGUGGGCGAACUCGCUUCUCUCUGGAUGCUCAUCCUCGGUGUCAUCAUCUUAGCUGGCCAGAAUCAUUAUCGGGGCGCCCGGCGGGAGUCCCCGAGAUCACUCAAGAGCACUCCACAGGGUCAUAACUGGUCCCGCAUCUCGCGGCAGAGGGCGUCAUCGCUUGAUGAUGGCGUCCAUCACAUCCCUGUCGACUGCGAGCACGGGGUUCAUCGGGGUCUUGAUCGACCGGGGUCGACCGUUGCGCGUGCUUCGCACGUUUCCGACACCUCAAAACCUCUGGAAUCUGCAAGUGCUUUCGGGGUAUCCACUGCGAAUACCAUCGAGGCUCCUCGCGAUUCUGAUAUGCAUGCGACAUGUGCCCGAAUCCCCACUCCAGCAUGGGCGUCGCGCACUUUCCUCAUUUUGUUUCUCAUCCUGCAGAAUUCUGCAAUGGCGUUUUUCUACUUUAUUGGUAUUUUUUGUCCUCCCUCCUCUUGUGUGAAGCUUGUCGCGAUCGAUGUAGCCACGGCACUGGCAUGCAGCGUUGGUGCCGCUUGCUGCACAGAGCUCUGGAGUCUCGUCUGCUGGAUCGACUGCGAAAGCGGCAACGAGCGGGCCAGUAUCGGCGAGGCCCAGGAUGUACCUCUCGAAAAAACGCCUCCGGAUGUGUCUGCACAUGCCGCGAAUGUUGAACCUAUUGCUGCGAGCGUUUCCAACGGGAAGCGCGCGCCCCUCACGGACAAUUAUUCACCUGGGGCGGGUUCGGCUGAGCCUUGGAACGAGUCCGCUAGCAAAGGCAGCAUCUUCCGUACGCAGUGCGGUGCGCUGCCGCGUCUUGCAGCGAGACACUCGGAACGACUGCGACUUCUGGAGCGACUCAAUUUCAAUCCGCUCAUGCUGUGGUUUUUUCGAAUUUUUCAGUGGAAACGCUCCACUUUUUGGUUGAUACGGGAUACAAAUAUCAUACCAUGCUGGUUUACGGGCCCAGUUAUAUACUAUUUGGGCUUGCGCCUGUUGAUCACGCUGUUGCUUUGGAGUGGAGAGCCUUCGCGCCCGGAGGCACUGUUCGUUAACCUCCAAGCCAUGAUUCCAGUUUUCUUGGGGUCAAGUUUAGGUGCAAAAGUCGCCCGUUCGAUUCGCUCCAGACAAGUUCCUAGGUGGUUCUCAAAGGUGCAACAAACGGAAAUCUUCCAAGUUUCACCCGCGCGCAUACUGCAGGUAUGGUUUCUCGUUGAUGUGCUUCUCAACGGCUGGUUUUAUCCCGGUGCGGGUAGACCGUUACCGUUUACACUGAUUUUUCGUUUGCCGCGGGCCUGUGCCGGUGAUUUUUUGGACAAUUUAACAGAGUAUUCGAACAGUGAUGAAAAGUUAUACCUGGCUGCCUAUCAGCUUUUGCCUUGGUACGGUUGGAAUGCUAUAUGCAAACUUUUUGCGGCCUUGGUUCUUUUCGUGGAGGCUUGA